CCUGUUCUCUGUCAAUCACACAACAACAGCCAUGGCACCAUGACAGAAAAAGAGUUGCCAAAGUCGAAACCGGAGUCUCGUGAGAGUUGUGACUCUGUAGUGGUCGCGCCGCCUCGAUUGCAGCGGACGGAAACUGGUUCGCUGGUACCACCGAUGUUGUCCCGACGACGUUCCAGUGUCCAUCGCCGGUCACCGACGCUGAGCAGGUACCAAACAACGUCUAUUGACAAGCACUACGAGAUUAGCAAUCAAAUAUUGGCUGCUUGUGAUUCGAAUUACAAUCAGGGAUGCUUGCGCACAGCGUACGCGCUCGGCGUGCAAUAUUUAGAAACGGCCUUGCUGGAAAUCCCCAAACACGGCUACUUUAACAGUGUUCGUCACGAAAGGGAGCGGAUGCAAACAGCACUGCACGCUGUACGGAUCGGCAAUCGGUUGGGAGAGAUUCAGAACAACGAUGUCCCUUGGUCGACAUCCGAUCGAGAACGGCUGGAAAAACUGCAAAAGCUGGCACUCGAACAAGUGGACAAGGCCUCACAAGAUCAGUAUGAAUCCCAACGUGCGGCAACGGAAACCGAAAUUCGGAAACAAGAAUCCUCGGCGGAAUGGGUACUCUGUGAACCCUUCCUAGCUUGUUCGGAGUCAUUAACUUUGAUGCUGCGCCGGGAGGAUCACGAGCCGCGGUAUCACAGUACCUAUUCGCAACGUCCGUUGUCGGGCCAGCAACCGAGACAAUUUGCUUCCGCCGAUUGGGAGGAAUCCGCUAGCGACGCCCAUAAAACACCAACAAUUACAACUAAGCUGUUGGCUUCCAAGGCACCCGUUCCGACCGAUGACUACGUUUUUGCACCCAUCGAUAAGGUCCAAUGUUGCCGGACCGAUAACGCUUAUGCACUUGCCAAAACGGCACCGUACGACACGUCAAAGUCGACCUCCGAACGUCUGUCACGGAAUUUUGUCGAAAAGUUAUCUCUGGAAAAGGCUUUGUUUUUGUCCGGUUUAGAAGUCUUUGAUGAAUCUGUCCAAGGAGACGAAGCUAGGGUCACACCUUUUUCCGGAAGAGAUACAGCGUCCACUUCUUCCACGUGCUUGUCGGCCACGCUACAACUGGCGACACUGUCGUCUAUUUAUCACGAAGAUUUAGAUCAGUUAAGACGAGCAGGUCUGAUAAGGAUUAGUUUUGCGGACACGUAUCAAGGAUGUGUUCCCGGUUCGACGAAUGGCUGCACGGUUAUUGCACCCCUCUUUUGUAUUCACCAUUUGGUGGAAUCGCAAGAAAUUCCAGAUCCCGGCCUACCCGAUGCCACCAUCACCCAUGUUAUCGAUCACGAAACACCUGCCAUUUUACGGCAACUACGAAGGCAACUUGGUUUGUCCGAGCAAGCAUAUUUGAUUCCUUCGGACGUCCACGACUUUUUCAUUGAAAACGGACAACUAGCACAGAGUCAAUUCGUUAAUGUUGUGGGUGGCAACAUUCUGGACGACGUUCACUUGUCGGCGUUUGUCGACUCGUUGGAAGCAGAAUCCGUGAAUGGACGGCAGGUAGCGGCUACUUUAUUCUUCCACGAACAUGUUGUUGCGAUUCUCAAGCUACAACGCGGAAAGGGCAAGUGCUGGUACGACUUCAUCGACAGCUUACCGCUGAGAAAAACCUUAAGCCGUCCCGGCGAAGACGAUAUCCAUUUAGAUCGUCGUCUCGGCGUCAAUCUCGCGCAACCAGAAAUAUCAGACUCAUGUCUACCGAUGACGGCAAGGAUUCGAUGUUUGGAUUCUUCGGCUUUGAAGGUAUUCUUGCGCUGGUACGCGUGCAGCAAGUUCGGGGAAGAAAACGUGUGUUACAUCAACGCAUACGAAUGGGAUGAUCUUCAGUCUGAUUUUGAUCCACGUGUUUUUCAGGCGUUCGUAUGGGCAGACACUGCAUAG